AUGUUCCAUGCUAUUCUCUUCAUACUGAGCUUGUUCUAUAUAGAUCCUGUUUAUCAGGAUAAAUCAAUCUCAUUUCUAACUGAUUUCGGUUACACGUUUACACCCUACAGCAAUGUAAGCGCUCCUCUUCUCAUCCUCAUUCAGGCCAACUUUCUGCGUUGUUACACGCAAUGCAAUCAAAGAACCGCUUGUCGACUAUUCGAUUACGAUUCAGACACAAACCAAUGUCGACUCUGGUCAGAUGAUUUGACGACAGGUAUGAUCUCUCUGGCUACUCCAUCGAAGCCGCAAUCCAGAGUCGGUGUCAUUCGAAUCGCACCAGAUAUAUACACUCCUAUUCACAAUCAACCAUGUGACAAAUGUGCUGAGAGUCGAUAUGAAGAGUGUGAUCCACUCUCUCUCACUUGUCAGUGUCCACCAAUGACAUUCUGGGAUGGAAGUGUGUGUUCAUCUCAACGAUACUUGAAUCAAUCGUGUGCAACCAUUGAUAGUUGCCGAUCCGAUCUUGCACUGGAGUGUCGAGAUGUUGGAUGUAAUUCUGUAUUUCAAUGCUUGAAUCAAACAACGGUUUGGACAGCUGCCGGUUUUUGCAAUGCAACAGUAGGUGGUGGAGCAUAUGGUUUGUCAGGCCCAUGGGGACUGUACGUUUCAUCAGACAACACACUGUAUGUAACUGAUUAUGAUACUGGCCGGGUACAAGUUUAUCCAUCAUUGUCUCGCUCAGGACUAACCAUUGCGAAGCUAAGUGGAAUAAUUGAAGAUGUGUCCGCUGAUAGUAUGGAAUAUAUUUACACGAGUGCUUUCACUCUCGCUAGCCUAUUUAUUUCACCAAUGAACACUACUCUGCCAAGCUCCGCAAUAUAUAUAUGUGGCUUGUCUUCGAUUUAUUCACCUUAUGGCAUUGCUGUUGAUCGGUAUCGAAAUAUUUAUAUUUCACACUUCGCUUGUCAUGUAGUGACGAAAUGGACACUGAAUGCUACUGCAGGUGUAGUUGUUGCUGGACAACUCAAUACACCAGGUAGCACUAGUAGUUUGCUCAAUGGCCCAAAGUUUAUUGCUCUUGAUGAAGUACAUUCAGCACUCUAUGUGGUUGACUACUACAACUAUCGCGUACAGAAAUUUCUGCUGGGAGUCAGUACAAUAGGUAUUACAGUCGCCGGCGGUAACGGAUAUGGUACAGGCUUGAAUCAGCUGAAGAAUCCAUCAGGAGUGUGUGUAUCAUUGAAAGAUCAGUCGGUGUAUGUGGGUGAUCAAGACAAUCAUCGAGUGGUGAAGUGGGUAGUGAAUGCUACGCAAGGUUCGAUCGUUGCUGGCGUGACAGGAGUAGCAGGCAGCACGUCAUCACUUCUGAAUACGCCUGGUGAUUGUGUUCUCGAUCCAACAGAGACAUUUCUUUAUGUGGCUGACUAUGGUAAUCAUCGCGUGCAACGUUUUCGUCUAUAA